CGUAUCAUCUGCCUGGUGUCAUACCUCCUCGUCUCCAUCGGUGUCUACGGCUACUGGCUCGAGCGAUGGGGUGCUUCGCGCGCUAUCUACUUCGCAGUGGUCACCUUAACCAGUGUGGGUUUUGGGGACAUGACCCCCCUCACCCAAGAGUCCCGCCUAUUCACCAUCUUCUUCGCUAUCGUCGGCAUCAGCGUCGUCGCCCUGGCCGUGGGAGAGAUCAGCGGCUUUAUCAUCGAGAAGGAAACGGCCAAAGUGGAGGAAUUUAACCGGCUUUUGGCGCAAAAGCUUUCCGAGCGAGCACACAUCUUCCAUCAUGACGUGGCGACAGACUUCGAAGAGGAGGACGAGGAGGAGGACGAGGAAGACGAGGGGGGACAUCCUCAAGAACCAGGCAAAGGUGACGAGGAGCAAGGAAGGAGCGAGAAAGGUGUUAAGGAGGAGCAAAGCCGCGCGGAACGGACGGGCUUUCGC